GUAGAUUACCGAGACACGACACGGAGCUGGCGGAUCAGCAUAUGUAUAUUCAACUCUUCAUAUCAAUGUAGCGGGCGACACUGCUGCCGGAAUAUUGAGUGUAUUUGUGAGCGACACGGGGAAGAGUCGGUGGUCAAUAUGUGGGAAGAAAAACUGACCAUUUUAUAUAACAAUAGCUAAGGAAGGUGACAGGGCCAGAUAACGCAAGCGGACACUGUGAUUAUUCACGUGUAAUUAGAUGCUAUUACACAUGUGCAUACCCACAGAAAAGGAACUACGGGCGAGUUGAAGAGAACGCCCCUGACCCUGGAAUUAUCGCUAGCUUCUAGAAACGGUUCCACUGACAGGGUUGUCAGUUCUGUUUGUCAAAUAACCAGCACCACGGGGACGUCAUAUUAUAUUAGAUCUGUACUGGAAUCCGACAGUCAGACGCUAUAUAGACAGUAGAGAGAGUCAUGUGUUAUACUUUGCCAUCUCGGGGAGGUUCCGGUCCGGGGGACAGCUGACACGCCGACCGCACUUUCUACCAUCCAAUUCAGAUUUUGAUAUUCUCAGCUGUUGGAAAGUCUUUCAGCCAUGGAGCCCUUGACAGAGGAAAGUGUGGAACAUUUCCUCAUGAACCAUGAGGACUUUUUGGCAAGGUUUUAUGAAAAGCAUGGUUCAAAAGAAAUGAUUGAAAGAAUGACUGGGAGAAAGACAUUAAAAGUGGAAAAUAUCAGUAUUGUGAAAUCUGAGACCUUUAUGGAGGAUGUCCCCACCCCUAAAAGAAGAUCUGUGACUGGAACGGCUGCAGGUAAACCCAUGGGCGGCUAUCAGUCAUCUCAGAGGAACUCCGUCACGACCAGCAUGUUCAAACAGUAUGUGGAAGGACAAAUGAAGCAAAUGAAGAAAGCUUCGUUGGUUCAAAACAUCCUCAGUUUGCGUAAACUAAAUGAGCAGGAGUUAUUCAUGGAGCUCAUUAGGGAUAUAGCAACGGAACUUGAUGUGAAUGUGUUGUGUCAUAAAAUAUUACAGAAUGUUAGUAUAUUGACUAAAAGUGACCGUGGCAGUCUGUUCCUGGUGCGAGGGAAUGACCACAGGAAGUUUCUUGUGUCCAAACUGUUUGAUGUCACCAGAACGUCCACUCCAGAAGAGUCCAUUCACACAGAAGACAAUGAGAUAAAAGUGCCAUUUGGGAGGGGGAUAGCAGGUCAUGUUGCUGAAACGAAAGAAACCGUCAAUAUUGAGGAGGCCUAUGAUGACCCAAGAUUUAAUCAAGACGUUGACAAGAAGACGGGUUACAGAACACACAGUAUUCUCUGCAUGCCUAUACUAAGCUAUGACGACGAGCUUGUAGGUGUGGCACAAAUCAUCAACAAAGUUGAUGGGCCACAUGAGUUUACCAAACAAGACGAAGAGUACUUCCGGAGGUACUUGAUUUUCUGUGGAAUUGGCAUUACAAAUGCCCAACUGUUUGAAAUGUCUGUACAGGAGUACAAACGAAACCAGUUGCUGCUCAAUUUGGCAAGAGGCGUGUUUGAGGAGCAAACAAGCCUGGAGAAACUCCUUCAGAAGAUUAUCCUACAGUCCCAGGACCUGCUCAAGUGUGAGCGGUGUCUGGUCUAUUUGCUGGAUGAUGUCCUGGAUCAGGAUGCAGAUAAGCCACACGAAGAUUAUAAAAAGCCGACCAGUACGAAGGAAGUCGUUUUCUGCAAGGCAUUUGAUUUGUGUGCCAAAGAUGGUGGAACAAUCCAUGUACCAAGUGUUGCCAGUUUAGCAAAAUCAAAAAAUGCUGAGAUUGCUCGCCAUGUGGUGGUGCAGGGAAUGCCUCUCAACAUUGUUGAUCUGGAGGAGGAUACAACGUUUAAAGGCCCGCAUGUUGACGAGGAUGGGUUCCAGAGUAAGAGCAUGCUGUGUAUGCCUAUCUACAACAGUGACAAGAAAAUCAUUGGGGUGACACAGCUGAUCAAUAAAAUCAAUGGCCAGGCCUUCAUUGAAAGUGAUGCCAACAUCAUCGAGGCAUUCUCUAUCUUCACUGGCCUGGGGAUCCACAAUUGUCAGAUGUAUGAGAAUGCUUGUAAGCUGAUGGCAAAACAGAGUGUGGCGCUGGAAAUCCUGUCCUAUCAUGCCACGGCUCAGGCUUCGGAUAUAGACGAGUUGUUGACCUGUGAAAUCCCAUCUGCAGCCAAGAUCGAGUUGUACUCCUUUGGCUUCAAUGAUAUACCCAUGCCUGAUCUUGAUACAGUUAAGGCUGUGGUGUGUAUGUUCAAGGAAGCCGACCUUUUCACCAAGUUUCGGAUACCUUAUGAUGUGCUGUGUCGAUGGGCGUUCAGUGUUAAGAAAAACUACAGGCCAGUGACGUACCACAAUUGGAGACAUGCAUUCAAUGUUGCUCAGACCAUGUUCACCAUGAUAUUCACUGGAGGAUUAAGGCAUAUGUUUUCAGACAUAGAAAUAUUGACGUUACUGGUCGGCUGUCUGUGUCAUGAUUUGGACCACAGAGGAACUAACAACGCUUUCCAAGUCAAGGUUGUCUCCCCUUUGGCUAUGCUGUAUAGUACCUCGGUGAUGGAACAUCACCACUUUGACCACUGCAUUAUGAUACUCAACAGUGAGGGCAACAACAUCUUUCAGUCCUUGUCAUCAGCGGAAUACAGAACUGUAAUCAAGAUGUUGGAGCAUGCGAUCCUCUCCACAGAUCUCGCUUUGUACUUCAAGAAGAGGGGAGACUUCAAGGCUUUGAUAGACAAGGGAGACACGAAAUUUGAAACAGAUCAUAAUAAGGAACUGUUGAGAGCCAUGAUGAUGACCGCAUGUGACGUGGCAGCUAUCACAAAACCGUGGGAAAUCCAGAAGGAAGUGGCACAGCUUGUGGCAAAUGAAUUCUUUGAACAGGGGGACAUUGAGAAAGACAGACUGGGUGAAAAACCAAUUGCUAUGAUGGACAGAGAGAAGAAGGAUGAGUUGCCGAAAAUGCAAGUUGGCUUCAUUGAUGCCAUCUGUAUUCCUGUUUACAAAAUGUUCGCCGAGAUGAAUGGAAAACUGGAUCCUCUGUACAAAGGUGUAAUGAAUAAUAGGGACAAAUGGCAGAAAAUGGCUGAUGAAUAUGAACGUAAGAUGGCAAGCAGUGGAAAGCAGGCAAAUCAUGAUACAGAUGAACAACCUGCACCAGCCAACAACUCAAGUCAGGAACAAAAAACACAAAAUGGAGGAGUACGCAAGAACAGUACAAACAAUACCCAGCAAAAGAAGUAUGGGUCAAAUGUGAUAUCAAACAAGACUGACUCGAAAAGCUCUAAAAAGACCAAGAUCUGUUCCCUGAUGUGACAAAGUGUUACUCCUUUGUCUUGUGCUUUGAGAUUUUACGGCUAGGGUCAAAGCUUGUUCAUAGGUCGUGUGAGUCCUCAACAGUGGAUUUACGGGAGAUAUGAUGUGUGGACAAUCCUUGACCCGCCUCUUACAAUCAACUUUGACCAUCUGGCAGCUGGAUUAUGUAAGACUGACCGACAUUUGGCCUAGAGGACAUGGUGUGCUGACUGGUGCAGGAGAACAUUUUAUCCUGGUGGUCAUCAUCGUCAUCACCCUUUUCUGCUGAUGUAUAUUUAUUUACACCAUUGUAGUUGUUUUUGUUACUUUCACCGUGAUGAAUGUUAAUUGUAAAUAGAUGUUUAUAAUACAUUAGUAUACCUUAUAAAUUAUUCUUAAAUCACUUUUGUGCAAUGAAUCUAAAAAUAAAUCGGAAAAGGUUUUAAGACAUAUGUAAUGGCAAUUUAUAUUAGUUAAAUACUGUUACAGAAAAAGACAAAUAUUUAAAUAGGUGUGUUUAAUUGGAAUUUAAUUGAUAUAUAGUCAACUGCAUGUAUUGUGAAGCUCUUUUAGGCAUCACAAGAUCGUAUGCAGAUUUUCUUUACAAUGUAUUUUUACAGCUAUAAAAGCUUAACACUGUUGGUGAUAAAACAUGUAACUUGAUAUUAACUUCAUAGAAAUCAUCCGGUUUGUUGUUCAUACCACCAAUAUCCUUUUUGUCUUGAAAGUUUGCGUCUCGUUGAAUAGAGGAUCGUACACCUUGGGUUUUAUCAACACAUCAAAAUAUUAAUGCUAUUUACCACAUGCAUUUUCAAUUUCUUAUUAGAUGUGGAUGUGUUAUUCUUUAAUAAUUGCAAAUGGAACGCAUAUUUUAUUUAUCUCAAAUUUGAGCUCUGCUCGAAGAGAUAUCAUGCAAUAUUGCUGCUAUGAGGACAACGCCAAAGUGGUCCGACAUAUCAAAAUAUGACAGAUGUUACUAUGUAACACAUACAGAAUAUUUACAUGUACGUACCUUCGUAAGUCGCCGUGUGGUCAAGACAAAGGUAGGGUUUCAGCCCAGGUACGACACAAAGUGGCUUCUGAUAGGUAUAGAACUGACACUGCUCAAACAUGGCAAUUUAGCUAUCAAUCGAACCUGAUAUGAAGUUCUCCCUAAUCCCUAGCAAGUCAGCGUCUGUUGAAAAUGGCAAUUGUUGUUUGUUGAGAUAUUUCUAAUGACUGUGAUUUUCCCAAACUCUACAUAGUCAAGGAUAUCAAGGACGACACCUGAUAAUGAUGGUCCCAUACGCCUGCGAAUCAUUGAACUUUCAUUCAUUUUGCAACUUUUUCAUCAAAUUUUGUUGAAGGUACAUGGAGUUGACUUCAGAACUAUCAAAUAUCCUCUCCUCAAUACCUUCAACAAUACUAAUAUUGAUUAGAAUACCAAUUACAAUGUGGAAAUUAUUGAUUUACCUGUCCCUCCCCUCAUUUCUUUCUCUUACCAGACCAUAUCACCCUUUAUCUGUCUCAUUCAGAUGACCACUGAUGACUGCUAGUUGAAUUUGCCUGAAAUAUCUAAUAGUGGUUGUCUUUUGUAAUAGUGGUGUCUUAAGUUCGCUCCACCUUGGUUCCCCUUACCAAUGAUUACUGUAUACUGGAAACUUUUGCACUUCACGGGUAAAAUCCAUAUUCACCCAGAGUUAUUUUCUACCGUAACAUGUCAUUACAAUGUAUGGCAUGUAUUGAACUGAAGUACCCUACUAAGAUAAUUUUGUCCUCAUUCAGAGAACGAAAAGGCAAAAGUUGAACUGCGAUAAACAUUUCCUGGCAUACAGUAUUCAUCUUAAGGAAACAAGUGUGUUUAAUAUUGAAUCCUACGAUACCAUAACUCAGUACAGGUAUUAGGAUCUCAAUAUGUUGAGCAUCAUAGUAAAUAAAGGUUUGGUUUUGAUAAAAUUGUUAUGCACUUAGGUUGGAGUCUGGACAAUGAUUUUUCAAUACCGUAAUAUUUGUUGAAAAAACUUCUUAUCUUUUAGCAAGGAUUAUUCUCGUAUCUGUAGAUUUUUAACUCUGAACUUGUGCCAAACACUUACUCUCUGUGAUCAGUCCAGUGAAUAUCAGUAUGAUGUAGUUUUAACUCUUUCACUUCAUGCUAUUAAUCACUGUUAUUUAUUUUUAAUGUCAAUAUAGAUUUUGAAAAAGUUUUCUUAACCAAUUUCAAGUGAAUCAUUUUAUUGAAUAUUUUAACAAACACGUGCAUGUAACAUUUGUUAUUUUGUCUUUGCGUAUUGCAGAGUUAUCUUCUCUUGGGAGCAGGUAUUGAUUGUUACGUCAUUGGUUUGUGCGAGAACAUACCUUGUUUUCUCAAAAAUUGAUGAUGUUACUCUUGCAAACAAGUAACGUAACAAUCAAUACCUGCUCCCAAGAGAAGAUAACUGCAAUACGCAAAGACGGAAUAAGCUCAUCUGGUACAAAAUAUCUGGGUGAGCUUAUGCUGUGGUGCUUCAUCUGAUGUCUCAACAUUUUUGUAAAACAAUAUCUCUCAAACUAUUGAGCAGAUUUCAACCAAAUCUUGGUGGCAGGAUGGGAAUUAAAAGUAAAAUAAGAAAGAAGCUGACAAUGCUUGGAGCUGAAGGGUAGGGUGAAAAGGCUGACUUGUAUUUUAAAUACAUCACCUCCUAAGCAACUGUGCAAAUUUCAACCUAAAAUAAAAGCUUCACUUUUAAAAUAGCCAGGUGAGCAAUUUAGGUCUGCAAUGGCCUCUUGUUAAAGAUACAGCUUAUGUUGUUAUUUUAUUUUGAUAAAAGUGAAAUUGGUUCUCCCUAAUACAACUAUUGUAAUGGUUGUAUACAUUUACAAGUACCAGUUGUAUAUACAACUCUCUGUAACUUGUGAUCUACGAUAAGAUGUACAACUGCUAUAUUAUAUAACUGUUGUAACGUGAGAUACUCCUACUCUGAUGUAGAACUCCUAUCCUUCAAAUACAAUACUUUUAUUGUUGUGACAUUAUGUGAUAGACAAUGCUGUCUCAGACUGUUUCUUGUUAAAGUUAUAAGUUCUUAAGCCUGGAAUGGAAUAAAAGCGAUUAUUUAUUA